GGUGCACGGGCGCCGCGUCAAGGAUCGAACUACAGCUGUGCUAAAAUUAAAAAAGUCGUGAACUGGUCUGGAGCUAUAAUAAAAGUUUGGUCUUGUUUCCCCAGAUUCCAAAGAUGAUUUAGUGUUUUUGUUGUCUUUGAUUUGGAAGACUGUUGCAAAAGUAGCACCCCUACCAAUUAAAAAUGCGGAAUUUCGGUGGAAGACUCGUGAAUGACUUCGUUAGAUGGGCGGUGUUGGCAACAUGGGCAAUUGUAAACCUGAUCAUUUGGUUGGUGACAUUCUUUAAGUAUAUGGAUAAUGCAAAUUAUGUCUAUACCAAAUAUCUCAUGAAGAAUGGUCUUCCUGUUGCCAGAGCAAGUGCUGCAUGUCUCAACUUUAACAGCAUGCUUAUCUUGUUUCCAGUCUGCAGGAAUAUGAUCUCCUAUUUUAGGGGUUCAUGUGAAUCUAAGAAGUUCUACAGACGCAACUUACGCCGUCAGCUGGACAAGAACAUCACCUUCCACAAGCUCCUGGCCUAUGCUAUAGGAUUCUUUGUUAUCCUCCACGUGGUGGCGCAUUGCUUUAACUUCCAGAACCUUUACAACGGAAGAAAGAUUUCUAGUGACGACGACUGGUUGGCCAACAGACUCAGCCAGCCUUCCUUGGGUCUGAAUCCCUUCAAGACCAUUCGCUCGAGUGAUGUGAGUGGACUAGGAGUGAUAGGACCAGGUCUAGCUUUGUUAGCUGGUUGGACUGGAGCAGUACUCUCAGUGACUUAUAUCCUCAUGUUCUCCUCUGCUACAGAGUUCAUUAGGAGGUAUUACUUUGAGACUUUCUGGUUAACCCACCAUCUGUUUGUCAUCUAUUAUGCAAUGCUGAUGGCCCAUGGCAUGGGCGGAGUAGUUAAGUACCAGACAAACGUCGAUGAGCAUGACCCAGUAGCUUGCAUGGUAGAUGAAGAAACCUUUGAUCAGUGUGUGAUUGAUUACCCACCUGAGUUUGCUGGUACACCUGGAGCUAGCUGGAAGUGGUGUGUUGCACCUCUAUGUGUGUACUUCCUGGAGAGAAUCCUCAGAAUGGUUAGAACAUGGCCAGAUGUCACUAUCGUGAAGGUUGUCCAACAUCAAUCUAAGGUGAUAGAGCUAAGGAUGAAGAAACAGGGAUUCAAGAUGCUUCCAGGACAGUAUAUCUUCCUCAAAUGCUCUCCAAUCUCUAAAGUCCAGUGGCAUCCGUUCACAUUGACAUCGGCUCCUGAGGAGGAUCAUUUCUCUCUGCAUAUCAGGAGAGUAGGAGACUGGACCGAUGAACUAGCGGUCAAGAUGGGAGCAGACCAAUCGGAACCACUGCCUAUCACACGGUUACCAAGAGUUCAAGUUGAUGGACCAUUUGGUACGUCAUGUACUGAUAUAUUUGACUAUGAUGUCGUGAUGUGUGUUAGCGCUGGCAUCGGCGUCACUCCUUAUGCCUCUACGCUCAAAUCAAUAUGCUACCGUUUACAAGCGGGGGACGAUAGUCUCCAUCUUAAGAAGAUGUACUUCUACUGGAUCUGUCGUGAUACCCAUGCCUUUGAAUGGUUUGUUGAUUUACUUUCAUCGUUGGAAGGAACCUUGAGACAGAUUGGGAAAGAACAUCUUCUUACUUACUCCAUCUAUCUCACAAGAGGAUGGGAUUAUACACAGGCCAAGAACAUCUACAUGCAGGAAGACAGAGAGAUAGAUGCAGUGACUGGUUUGAGACAGAAGACUCAUUAUGGAAGGCCAAAAUGGGAUUCUAACUUUUCCUACAUCGCUGAACAGAAUCAAGGUGCUACUAUCGGAAUGUUUUUCUGUGGUCCUAAGAGUCUCUCCACCAUCUUGCAUCAGAAUUGUAAUAAGUUCACCUCCGAUGAGUCAGAUGGCACCCGCUUCGUUUACUACAAAGAAAACUUCUAAGUGCAAGAGGGAUGUAUGCAGUGGUAAUUUAUUUUUAUAUUUUUAUAACUUGAGCAAUAUCUCUAUUUAAAACUUGGGAUCUCGUAUCAUGUGGUUGUAUUUUUUGUUCAUAUGUUUGUGAAAGGUAUAAGAAAAUUAAGAUUUUAAUAGGAAAACAGCAUUCUUGUGAUAGGUAGUAUGUGACUUUUUAGUACAGAUUCUCAAAGAUUCAUUAGUUUUACCAUGAUUUUGAAAAUGGCUAGAAUAUAAACAUCUUUAAUAGUUUGCUUGAUUUUGUCAAGUUUGGUUUUAGUAUACAAGGGUGUGCCUGUUCAUUUUUCUUUUGCAAUAGCUGAUUGUUAUUAAUUUCUAUUUUUUAUAUUAAGUUGUGCUCAUCUUCCAUUGCUCUUUUGUCAGAGAAAGAUAUUUUGCUGAUUUCUUUUUACAUUCCACUUUUAGGAUUAUUCAAUAUCACCGGCUUUUAUUGAUUUAUUUCCAUGCGUUUUAUCACAUGCAUUUCAAAAACUAUUUCUAACUUAUCUAUUCUGGUAUCUACGCUUUAUACUGUUGUGAACUUGUGAUAUGAUUGUGGUAUUUAGAAUUUAUAUAGAUAGUAUAUACCUCAUAUAUGAAAAAAUGGCUUUCAUUUAAACUAUCUCUUGAUUCCCUUGAUACUGAACAUUAUUUCAGGUCAGUACUCUUUCAUCUAUAUUAUCAAACAUGACAUAUAUUCAUAAAGAUCUAUGUUUGUGUGUGUGUUUUAAUUCAAAUAUUGUUUUGAUUUGAAUGAUGAUAUCUUUGAGAUUUGAUACAUUUAAAAUUUGCUUUGUGCCUACAUGUACUGAGCAUACUGACGAGUAAAGAUCAAUCUUGAAUAUAGCCAACAGUGCUAUUAUUGACCUUUCAAUGAAAGGAAUAACGGUUCUCUUAAUGACAGAAGUUCAAAGGACAUAUCUUGCAUAUGUGAAUAAAAAAUCUCCCUUUACAAUUGGUUUUGUUUGGAAAAAAAUUAGUGAAAAGAUGAGAAAAUAACAAGUCGAGUAUUUUUUUCUCACAUAAGUAAUGCGUUUAAAAUGCAGAUCCAGAGGACUUGAAAUGAAAAUUUAAAGAAAAUCUUCUUACAACAGUUCUUCAUCAAAUAAAUGAAUUUAUAAAACCCCAAGAAAUUAGAGGGAGUCGUUAGUAUUGAGAGUUAUUUUUUUAUUAAAAAAAAAAAAUUAACUAUUUUUUUUUUCAAGCAUGAUAUGCCUCAUAACUAGCAAACUUUGAAAAAAUCCCUCUAAACGUUAUAUAUGCAAUAAUCUCAGUGUACUUAAUUUCAUCUUGACUCUAUCAAAGAAACAAGCAUUUUUGUAUUUCUUAAAUUUUAUAUUCCUCCAAAAUCUAUGCUAAUUAAGUAAGUAAUAUUGUUGGCUAGCCAGAUCAUUAGUCAAAGGUGAAUUCAUGUUAUAUGUAAACAUUAUUUUUUAUGUGUGAAACAAAACAAAUUUAAGGAUUUAUUUUUUCAAACAGCAUUCCGCAAAUCUUCAUUAAGAUAUAGUGUAGUAUUAUCAAAAAUAUAACGCAAGUCCAUUCUGGUAAAAAAAAAAAUCUCUUUAGACUACUAAAUGAAAAUUUAUCCAUAAUCACUUUGACAAGUUUGGAAUGUGCAUGAAACAAAGAAAAUAUCCCUUGAUUAUAAAAAAGGAAGAAAAUAGUGAAAAUAUUUUUGUUCACAAAUGAUUAGCUUUAUGUGCAAUGAUUAGUCAUGUAAUAACCUUUUAUUGCCUUAAUGAUAUUGAUUGUAAUUCUUUGAGUAUUGUUGUGAGAGUGUGUAAGUCACAAUUUGAAAAAUAUUUUAAGACUUAUAUAUUUGAAUAUAUUGUGUAUAUUUAUUGUUUUUAUGAAUAUUCUCCCUUUUCAGGAAAAUGUUUAGGUCUGUUUCUCUUUGUUCUUUUCAAGAAGGAUUAGUUAUGUGGUGGUAUUUUCUAUACUUUUCACUACUUACUAGUCGAGUAAAACUGAUUAUUUAUUCAAAUAUGUGACCAUGUGCCAUUUUUACAAGAAGAUGGCAAGUGUUUAUCAUGUUUUCUUUGUUCUUUGUAUGAUAACAACUAAGAAAUCCUCAGGAUAUAAAAUGAGUAGAAAAUAAAUGGCCGUGGGAAUUUUCUGCCCACCCACUCCUAGAACUGUCACCCAUGGAAUUUUAACUAUGCAGUAUGAUGCUAUAAAGAUAUCACAUUUUAUUGUUGAUUUAGAGAUAAAUCUAUUAAUUAUUCAAGCAUACGCAGAGGGAGUUGCAAAGGUAAUCUUUUACAACUUGUUUUAGUGCCUUGGCAUUUCAAGCUAUCCAAGUAAUUUCAUUUUUUUAAUAAUAAAUAUGUAUACCUAAGUGAGUGAAAAAGGAAAAGAGCUUUGUAAAUCAAAUUACAUUUUGGUAAAAGUUUUGUGUGAUAUAUAUUGUGACAAAGAAAGUUUGUCUUUCUUUUUUUGCAUUUUUUUUGCUAUCAAUUUUCAUUUAAUAUUUCCAUUACCAUAGGCCAUUGAUAAAAUCAAAUUAAAAAUUUAGAUUUCUUUUCUUAAUGUGUUGAUUAAAUGAAUAUAAGGGAUACUUGCAAAGCAAGGGACAGUUUUACCUAUCCAAAAUUAGGAUAUACGGUAAUAUUUGUGGGUUUUUUUAUAGAAAGAAAAUGUAUCGAACAACUAAUAUUUUGUUACAUAUUAGAUUUCUCAUUAAUGAAGUUUGAAUAAACAUGGAUGUAAAAUGAAAUCAUUCAUGGUCUUGAUUUCAGAUAUCUUUUAUUACUAAAUUUGACACAUUUUAGAUUUAGUUUUAAGGACAAUGACCAAUUGCAGAUGCCAUGGAAAUAGUACUUUAUAUGACAGGGUGUUAGAAUGCAAUUGAUAUUCAGACAAUAUUAGAAAUUACUAUUUUAACAUUGAAGUAACAGAAUAUGGAAGUACCUCAGUACAUUUGAUUUUCUCAUUCAACAACUAAAGAAAAAAUAGAAAAUUUCAUAUUGAAUUUUCAUAUAUAUUUUUUAAUCAAUUACGUGAUCAUUGUUUUUUGUUGCUUUUAAGUGUAAAAGACUAAAGACGUUUUCUAAAGUCAACAGUUUUACACAUUUAAAAAAAUAUAAAACAUUUGAAAAAGGAGGUUGCAUUAUGUUUUAUUUCUACUUUCCCUAUAUGAAGGGAAAUUGAAAGUGCACUUUUAAGUAAAGUGUCUACAUUUUUAUACUUAUGUGUUGUUGAAUCUGGUUCUGAAAUAUCUUUAUUGAGAAGUUUACAUCUAUGAUCUAUGUUUGGAGACUUAAGAUUUAAAUAGAAAUUCUAGCAUUUUUUCAGUAGGAAAGGGCAGGGAAUUUGAAGGAUUUUUGAAAAGAAUGUGAAAAUAAUUGAAUUAGAUGUACAAGACAUUUUAAAUUUAUAUUUCAUGUUGAUACUUUUUCUAUAUUUUUCAAAUAUUUUAUUGUAAUUUCUUAUUUUCAACAUACAUAAUUUCAAAAUAUUUUGGUAUGUUCUUUGAUUGAUUUCUUGCCAUUUAUUUUUAUAUAUUUUUCCAAGAUCUCAAUGUUCUUGAUGCAUUCCUGGUUUUGUUGAUUAUUGUAAUUUGUGUUUUGUUUCUUCAGAUGCUAAACUACACACCAAGUUAGUAAAUUAUUCUUUCACAAGCAGGAAACAAGAAAUUGAAGAGUAUAUUACUCUUCCCACAAAGCCUUAAAACUCUUAUCCUGUCAAUAUUGUGUCAACCAUGAAACAUAAGCAGUUGGAAUUAAAAUAUGCUUUAGUAAAUUUGUGUUUAGAAUUUAGAAUCCUGAUUGAAGAUGAAGGAAUGAAAUGCCCCCAAAACACUUUUCUUAUUUUUUUUAGUUAGCCUUGGAGGAUAUUAUUGAAUUUUUGAAAUACUUUAUAACGAUAUAGCAUUAUGAACAUGUGUGUGAUACAAGUAUUCAACUCCAAUACUGAAUUACGCAAUCAAAGAGAUCUCUUCAUAUACCCAGUGCCUUAUAAUUG